UGGUGAGUGAGGGGAGGGCGAGUUGGUGAGGCGAUGUGGGGGUGUGGAUCUGCAGACGCUCUCUCACUGAUCCAGCUCCUGCACAGCCUGAGAGGACUUUGUGAAUCGGAGGAUUAGAUCUACGAGGACUUCUUCAACAAGGAUUAACGUCCAGAAAAAUCAUCAGGAAGUCAGAUCAGACAUUUGGAAAAACUAUGAAGGAGCUUUGAUUACUUUUAAACUGAAGAAAGACAUUUAGACAAAGCAUCACAAACUGAGGAGGAAAACUUCCUGCUCUUGCAAAUCUUUCUUCAGACUCGUCAGACAAUCUCAACUUUUCUGCAGCUUCAUCGAAUCCGCCCUGACAGUUCUGAGGAGGCGAGGCGAGCUGGGUGAACAGGGACAAACGGACGAUGAGAGAGACGCCGUGGAGGAGCUUGGUUCAGGUGUGAGCUGGCAGACGGGCUGAAGAUCCAGAAAACAGCUGAUCUCGAUGUAAACACCAUGCAGACCCUGCUGCCGACCUGGCACCAGAGACCCUGGACCAGCACAGGACAAAUGUUCCUGCUCUGCUUCGUCAUCUUCAACCAGCAGGUCAGCGGCUCCGUGCUCGAGAGUCUGAUCGCUAAACGGACCGAAUAUUUGGAGAGGUGCAACAGGUCGCUGUCGGCAGGUUCUUCUUCGUCACAAACUGGAGUCUUCUGUAGAGGAACGUUCGACAUGUUUGUGUGUUGGCCUCACUCUCCUCCUGGGAACGUGUCCGUGCCCUGUCCGUCUUACUUACCCUGGAUCAGUGACGGCGUGUCGAGGAGCGCUCACAGGGAGUGUCUGGAGGACGGGAGGUGGAGACAGAAGGAGAACUCGUCUGAGGCCUGGAGGAACGACGAGGAGUGUCAGGAGGAGCGAUACUUCAAAGACAAGGAGGAGGAGAUGCAUCGACAGACGGCGCUCAGACUCAUCUCUGUGAUUGGUUACGCUCUCUCUCUGUCCUCCCUCACACUGGCCAUCCUCCUGAUGGGCCUGCUGAGGAAGCUGCACUGCACCAGGAACUACAUCCACAUGAACCUGUUUGUGUCGUUCAUCCUGAGAGCCGCCGCCGUCAUCUCCAAAGAAAUCAUCUUAUACGUCAUGUACUCCAACCUGCCAAGAGACGACCCGGGGUGGAACUCGUACUCCACGUCUGCCAUAUCGUGGAUGUGUAAGUUCUCCAAAGUGUGCAUGGAGUACUUUGUGGCCUGUAACUACUUCUGGCUGCUGGUAGAGGCCGUCUUCCUCCACACACUGCUCUUCACCGCCGUGCUGACGAAGAGGCGUCUGCUGAAGAAAUACAUGCUGCUGGGCUGGGGCACGCCCGUCCUCUUUGUGACCCCGUGGACUGUGGUCAAGAUUCUAUAUGAAAACUCAGAAUGCUGGUCGAUAGUGAACACGUGGUUCUGGUGGAUCAUCAGAGGUCCCAUCACGCUAUCCGUGCUGGUGAUUUUCUUCAUAUUCAUCAAGAUUCUGAUGCUGCUGCUCUCCAAACUGAAAGCAGAUCAGGUGAAGUUUACCGACUACAGAUACAGUCUGGCCCGGGCGACUCUGGUCCUGAUUCCUCUGCUGGGGAUCCAUGAAAUCGUCUUCACCGUGCUGAUCGAUGAAUGUGUGGAGGGCAGCAGCCGCUACGCCCGAAACUUCGUCAACCUCACCCUCAGCUCCUUUCAGGGCUUCUUGGUUGCUGUGCUCUACUGUUUUGCCAACGGAGAGGUCCAGGCUGAGCUGAAGAAGCGCUGGCAGCUCUUCCUGUUUACAAACCACUUCCAGGUGAGGAGCUGCUUCCACAACGUUCCCCUCAAACAGCUGUGGAAGCACACCCGAACGCAUCACACGCACUGCUCCUACGACGACGGCGGCACCUCCACCACGCACCCACACCUGCUGCAGGUGGCGGUCCAUGGAGGAGGAGGGGGGUUAGGCGUAGGAGAGGUCAAAGGUCAGGGGCUGAAGGGCUGUGAGACGACAGGAGUGGACUUUAAGACCAGGAAGAGUCUGUCGAGCAGCGACGGUGAGAUGACGCUCGGAGAGACCAUGGAGGAGAUCCUGGAGGAGAGCCAGUUCUGAUCAUUUCCAUACUUUUAAAAUCGUGUUGUACUCCAUCCUGCAAGCUGCAUCAGAGAAAAGGUGGUUACUAUGGGGACCGGGUGUCACAAAUACAGAGGUGUCAUGACGUGUUUCCUGCAGUGAGUCAUAGCUCUGACAUGUUCUCACAGUGUCUCUGAAGGACGUUUCUGUGUCGGCUGUUAGUGAGAACAGAGAAGUGAAGCUCAGCUCACAUUUGGAGAAACUGAAAUCAUUCCAACGACAGAAAAUAAUAAACAUUCACUUUGUUCCAACGUGUAAAUCUGCUGCUUGUCGUACGUCGGCCAUGUUGGCUGCUUCUCUUUCAUCAACAUGGCUCCAAGCUUCCCUCGUUUCUCACAGACAUUGCACAAGUUCACUAAGCCCCAGAACGAUACCCCCUCCCCCGGUGGUCAGCCCAUGUACACAGUCUGGUAGAGCAGGUGGCAUGUAUGCUAUCUAUAGUUGGUUUACAAAUCCGCCAAGAAACAGAAAGAAGAAAAAGCAAUGACCCGAGGGCUAAGUCCAUCCUGCUAACCCACUUCGACCCUCCACAUCCACCGCGCGGAUA